AUGAGCUCUCUCAUCUGCAUGACAGCCACUCUUCUGCUCGUCCUCGGACACGUGAACACCGGCGAUGCGAUCCCGACGAGUCCGGUCGUCGGUAAGCCGCUCUGUGUGAAUCCGGUGCAUGCGCGUCCGUUGAUAGCCUCGUUUCCAGGAGUGAACACCGCUUGCACACGCGCCUCCAUCGAGGCGUUCUGCAAGCCGGAGCAUCUGUUCUGCGUGAGAUCCGCCUGCAGUCAAUGCAUUCUCCGCGACCCGUUCAAUCCGUUUGGUAAGGAAACGACGGGCCUAGGAAAGUCUAGAAAAAAGAUCGUCCAGAGCUGACAAUGGGAGCAAGUGCGGCGCCCGCCCAAUAGAGCGAUACAUUGGCGCGAAAUUCAAAUUUUAACAGCAAAAUUUGUGUUUUUUGCCAGAUUAGCCACACGAAAAACCGAUAAUUUCUCAUUUGUCUCUCUCGAUAGACCGAUUAUAUAGGCUAUUACGAAUUUUUGAAGCGCAAGAGCGUCAAAUUUGGUCAAGUCGCAAAUCACAUUUAUCCGUUUGAAGGUUUUUGGCUAAAACUGCGUGAAUUUCAGUUGCUUUUCGGUAGUUUUCGCGGUUCGAGCGCUCAAAAUGCUUGUAUUUACGUGAUUUAUCAUUCUUAAAACCAAUUCUGUCUGAAAACGGUCAAGAAAGCGCAAAAUGAGAAGUGCGCUUUUUAGGCGGCGAUCGGCGGCGAAGGCGAAAAAGCAAAGUCCGCAAAAUAUGCGCCAAAACGUAAUUAAUUGUGAGAAUUAGUGUGUUUUCAUGUCGAACAAUCAUUUUUCGUCGCCUUUGACUACAAAAAUCAGAGAAAACGUGCUCAAUUCAUGAAAACGCCAUUUGGCCGCCGAUGCCACGCCCAUAUUGUCAGCUCUGGAGACCGUGUGAUGCAUAAAUGGGCUCCCUGAAAAUCCGUAUCUAAGAAUCUCCCGAUUAAAAAAAAAUUAGUCUAGGAUAGCAUAAAGUUCAAGUCCGUGAGCCUCUGACAUGCUCUUUUUGACCGGCAAACGAAAAAUUUCAAAUUUCCACCGGCAAUCGCAAUUUUUCGUAAUCCUCUUUGGCAUCACUGAUCGAUCAUAGGACCUUAGCUCAAUUUCCUGCUGAAAUUGCUUCGAAUCCAAAUUCAAAUCUGCAAAACAAUAUUUAUCAGGCUGGAGGGGGUGUGUGAGAAAAUUCAGUAGUUAGGACGUGGGAAUGUAUAAUGUUAAGAAGUUGGAAGGUUCGGGAAAAAAGUGAAACUUUAGAAAUAUUCUUGAAAAAAAGCGAUGAAUCUCGGUUGCGGGUAGAGGUAUCAAAAAGUUAUCAACUGAUAAAAUGUACAGAAUUUCUUGAGGAAUACUUUCUCAGUUGACAACUUCUUGAUAACUCCACCGAUAGCUGAGACCCCUUCAUUAUGCAGUUGCAGAACGUCCCUCUCAUGUUUUCUUCCAUUUUCAGCUUCGUUCUGCGCGCGUCUCACCGACUGCGUCUGCUCGAUCAGCAACGACCCGCAAUGCGAGCAAAAGGUCGAGGAGACCUGUUACUAA